CUUAGUGAGCAAAUUACUCCAUUUGCUUUGAAGAUAUGGAGCAAAAUUCUAAUAAACAUCCCUUUCUUUACUUGUUCUGCCUCUUGUUCCUCAGUGCUUUGGUGUCCUGUCAACUUGAUUAUAACUAUUAUGCUAAAACUUGUCCCGGCCUGAUACCAAUUGUUCGAUCAGGUGUUCUGUCAGCUGUUUCAAAUGAGACCAGGAUGGCUGCCUCUCUUUUGCGGCUUCACUUCCAUGACUGUUUUGUUAAUGGAUGUGAUGGAUCUAUAUUACUGGAUGAUACAAGCUCAACUAAGGGGGAGAAAAAUGCAGUGCCUAAUCGAAAUUCAGCUAGAGGUUACGAGGUCAUCGAUGCUAUUAAGGCUAAUGUGGAGAAAUCUUGUCCAGCCACUGUUUCAUGUACUGAUAUAUUAACUCUUGCAGCAAGAGAAGCUGUUUAUGUAGUUGGAGGCCCCUAUUGGGCUCUGCCCUUAGGUCGGCGAGAUGGCCUAACAGCAAAUGAGACUGAAGCUAAUGAAUUGCCCUCACCUUUUGAACCUUUAGACAACAUCAUUAGAAAAUUUUCUGCAAAGGGACUUGAUUUGAGGGAUACGGUUGUGCUCUCAGGUGCGCACACUAUUGGAUUUGCUCAAUGCUUCACAUUCAAGCAAAGGUUAUUCAACUUUGAUGGCAACGGUAAUCCUGAUCCAGCACUUGAUGUAGCAUUUAGACAAAGUUUGCAAAGCGUGUGUCCAAACCAAAAUAAUUCCGAUACUCAACUGGUUGCUUUGGAUGCUGCUACAACCACCAGGUUCGACAACAGCUACUACAGAAACCUAGUGAACAAAUCUGGAUUACUCCAGUCAGAUCAAGAUCUUAUGACCGACAAUAGAACUUCUUCAAUGGUUCAAAACUACAGCAAAUACCCUUAUUUAUUCUCCAGAGAUUUUGCAGCAUCAAUGAGGCAGAUGGCCAGCAUAGGUGUACUAACUGGCCAAAAUGGAGAGAUAAGGAAGAAUUGCAGGGUGGUGAACUAGAAAGAGGAGAGUUUGCAGAAUAAAUAUCCUUAUAUAUUAAGUUGAAAUUCAUGUUUGUAUGUAACCAGUUAGCUACAACUGGAAGCAACAUGAAGCUACUGCUUUGACUACUUUGUGUUAAUUCCAAGGUUUAAUCCUACUAUGACUUGAAUGUGUAAAAAUGUCUACAAUAUAUAAUUAAUUAGCCUGCAAAUUAUAUUGCGGCCAGCCUGUUGAACUUCAA